CCUAAAAUAUAGUUCCAAUACUAGAGCUUUUUGACUCACAGAAUAUUGCCUGUAUUGAACACCAAUACAAAAACAUUCACCUAAUUAAGUGGCACAAUACUGAGGACACUACAAAGUUUUGGGUUGAAGUACGAUCAUACAAGGAUUCGGGUGGAAACAAUAAAUUUGGGGACUUGGCCACUUUUGCAAUGGCAUUGCUUUCAUUGCCAUGGUCGAAUGCAGAAGUGGAGAGAAUUUUCAGCCAAGUCAAUCUCGUAAAAACCAAAUGCUUAACUCAAUUUUAUGCGUCAGAUACGGUUUGCGUCUGUCAAACAAAUGCUGCCACAAUUAUGAAGUGCCGAAAAAGUAUCUAGAUAUGAUUGACACUAUGGGAUCGUACGACAAGGAAAUUGAUUGUGAUGAUUUAGAUCAAAUACUAAACAUUUUGUAAAAAUAAAACAUUCGCAUUCCAUAGCAGAAUCACGCAAAAUAUAACGGUGAAAAAUCAGAGUUGCAUUUUGCAAAAGUUUUACGCUUUGUAACGCCAAAAAAAAAUUAUUUAAUUAAUUAAAAAUGUUUUCGUGCAGUGAAUGCAAUUUCAAAAGUCCACGUCGCUCAAACGUGCAGCGGCACCAUCAGAGACAACAUGGCGAAAAGAAAAGUGAAGAAACCAUCUACCAGUGUAACUGCUGCAGCUACACCACAAAUAUGCCGUACAACUUUAGGAGGCACAUAAUUCAGGAGAACCAUGGGUCGGCAUUGAAGCAGAAGAAAAUAGUACGUCAGGAAUUAGGACAUCAGGCAGUGGAGGAUCAGACAAUAGGGACAGUGGAGGAGACAGUGGAGGAUCAGACAAUAGGGACAGAGUUAACUCCCAGUGACCCAGUGACGCCAGCAAAACAAAAUUCCAAUUAUGGAAUUGAGGAUAAGGAGGCCCUGACCCCAAAAAAAAUUUACUCACAAUGUCAUUCGGAAAUUAAAUGGAAAUCCUUUAAUUUUCAACUUAAAGCAUUCAACACCAGGCUGGCCAAACUGACGAAUGGCCAAUUAAACGAUGAUGAUGAUGUCUUAUUGUUUACUUGUAGAGGACCGGGGAGGAUUCCACAGGGUUAAAAACUGGGAUAAGGUGGCAGAAAUUUCGGGCUCAACGCCACAAACUGUAAAAGAUCUUUAUCAAAGUAGACUGCUCCAAUUAGAAAUGACGGAAAGAAGUCGAAAAAGCGAACUAAAGGCUCUAGAUAUUCCAUUCUGGUGGGAUGACGGAGACCCAGUAUCAUAUAAUAACAGACAUACAUUUCUAAACCCUAAUGUGGUGUCUAAAAGAACUAUAGUAUAUGUCCUGCCAAAAAUAUUCAACGACUAUUAUCUACCAAGCCAAGUCACGAAAGCGCCUUUCGAAGUAAAAGACACCUGGAUGUACGUCACCAAAAUGAGUGGUAGGCUUAUUAUAAUAAACAUGGAAAAUAUGUAUAUUAAAGGUGCAGACAGACUCACUUUGUUUGCAAUAUAAUUGUCAAUGAUAUUUUAAGAAUCACCAUUUGUAUAUUGAAUUUUCUACUGUCAAAAAAUAAGAAAUAAAGACUUAUAACUUUUCAGUCA